AUGAUAUCAUCAAGUACUUGGGUUCCAAGAGGUUAUGCUUCAGAGUUCCCCGAAAAAUAUGAAUUGAAUGAUGAAGAAAUGGAAAGAAUAAAUCAAAUGGCAAAUUUAGAAUUAAAUGAUGCAAAAGAAGAUUUAGAAGAAGCCAAAAAGACAUCAAAAUUAAAAGAUCAAAUUGAAAUUGAUGAUGACUUAAAAGAAUAUGACUUGGAGAAUUAUGAUAAUGAUGAAAUUGAUGAAACUGGAGAAAAAAUCACAAUGUUUCCUGGAUUAUCCAACACUAGUGCCAAAAUUCAUGAUAAUGAAAAUGGGGACGGAGAAAACGAUGAAUCCAAUGAUGUUUAUUUGACAUUACCUAAUGAAAUUGACGAACAGGAAGAGAAGAAGGAAAAUCAAAUUUACCCCACUGAUAACCUUGUGUUAGCUACAAGAACAGAAGAUGAUAUUUCUUGGUUAGAUAUAUAUAUUUAUGAUGAUGGAGCAGGAGCACCAAAUGGAGCCGAAGAGGAAGAAGAAGAUAAAUUAGAUGCUGAUGUUGCAAAUGGUUUGGUUAGAGAUUCAACAUUAUAUGUACAUCAUGAUAUUAUGUUACCUGCAUUUCCACUUUGUGUUGAAUGGAUAAAUUAUACACCAGGUCAAGAACAAGUUGAAGGUUCAAAUAUUGGGAAUUUCGCAGCUGUAGGGACAUUUGAUCCACAAAUUGAAUUAUGGAAUUUGGAUUUUGUUGAUAAAGCAUUCCCAGAUGUAAUAUUAGGAGAAGCAUCAACCACUAAGAAAACCAAGAAAAAGAAAAAAUCAGGUCAUAUCACUACUCAUCAUACAGAUGCAGUAUUAUCAUUAUCUCACAAUAGAAUUCAUAGAUCAAUAUUAGCAUCAACAUCAGCAGAUACUACAGUCAAAUUAUGGGAUUUAAAUAAUGGUACAGCAGUACGUUCAUUAUCACAAAUACAUCAUGGUAGAACUGUAUCAUCAUCACAAUGGCAUUCUCAUGAAGCUUCUAUAUUAUUAACUGGUGGAUAUGAUUCAAAAGCAGCAAUAACGGAUGUAAGAAUAUCUGAUGAAUCACAAAUGUCAAAAUAUUACUCAGUUGCAAAAGGUGAAGAUGUUGAGAAUAUAAGGUGGAGCUCAAAUCCUGAAAUUUUUUAUGUUGGAACUGAUCAAGGUAAUGUUUAUUGUUUUGAUAUCAAAAAUGAAUCAAAGCCAUUGUGGACAUUACAUGCUCACGAUGCUGGUAUUUCUUCAUUAGAUAUAAAUAAUUAUAUAUCAGGAAUGUUAGUAACGAGUGCAAUGGGAGAUAAAUCUGUAAAAUUAUGGAAAGCUCCAGAAACAAGUGGUACAGGCCCAUCAAUGAUAUUAUCUCGAGAUUUUGGUGUAGGUAAUGUAUUAACUACAUCUUACGCUAAUGAUAUUGAAGUUGCUGGAAAUUUAGUAAUUGGUGGAGUAACGGGUGGAUUAAAAAUGUGGGAUACUUUUUCAAAUAGAUCAGUUAAAAAUGGAUUUAAAGAUGAAUUACGUAAUUUACAAAUAAAAGCAAGAGAAGAAGCUAAAUUAUCUGGUAGAGCUUCAAGAAUUGCAAGAAAAUAUCAACAAGAUUAUAAUGAUACUAUACUAGAAGCUGAAGGUGGUAAAGAUGAUGAAUCUGAAGAAGAAGACGAUGAAGAAAUUGGUGAAUAUGAGGAAGAAGAAGACUAA